UCUAUAGUAAUUUGUUUAUUCUAUAACAAAACGGGCUUAUGUUUCCUUCUUUGUUAAGCAUAUAUAUCUCUAUUGCAUUUAGUUUGUUUGAUUCGCAAUAAUUCGGAACUUUGAAAAAGCUCAAUCAUAGAUAGAUACCACAUACAGACACAGAGGAUUGAGACACUAAUCUCUCUUUGAGUAGAAACCAAGCAACAUUUAAAGUUACCCAAAUCUCCAUUUUCUUCAUCUUCCUCCUCUCUCAAGCAAGAAUCUAUCCCCCAUUUUUUGUUACACACCAAAGGUUUACGCUUUCUAUGUCUUCUCCAUUCCAUUACACUCGCACUCACUCUCGCUCUCACUCUCGUUCUACUCUCCAAUUUCAUUCAUCAACGAAAACGAAUCAUCCUUUAUUCCCUUUUCUCCCACCUUUGCCGACCUGGUGUUUGUAUAAAUGCCCCUUGGAGCUGGACACGUUUGGAGUGCUCAUUGAGCUAUGGAGAGAUUUUGUGUUCUCCUACUUUACUUCUCUUUUGCAUUUUCACCCACUGUUUUGGCUCUUCCUAGUGAUGAUGGUUUCUACUCUAGAAAGUUGAAAUUUGAGAUUCAUGGACAUGGACUUAGUAGAACCUCAACCAAUGAGGCGUCCUUGAAGAAGCUGAAACUACAAAUUCAAAAGAGGUUCAUUUCAAAACCCCAACUCAAAUUCUUAACUACUGUCGAUCAACCAAAUGCUGUCACUGUUAACUCCCCAUUCUCAUUGCCUCCUUUUGAUUCACUUGGACCAACUCCAUUGCCUAUCAACUCUCCUCCUUUCUGUGAAGAUUCACCACCCCAAACUCCUCGAUCAUCGUCGUCCUCCUCACCGCCGCCUCCGCCACCACCUGGGAUGAUCUAUUCCCACACGCCGCCUCCUCCACUGUCUGGGAUGAUCUAUCCCCACGCGCCACCGCCUCCACCACCAUCACCACAAUCACCACCAGGGUUUCAGCCUAGUGUUCCAAGCAGAAGCCAAAGCCCUCCACCAGGCUCACCCAGCAUCUUCCCCAUAACGCCAAUUGGCCCCUUAGCCCCAUAUCCUCCGGCUAACAUAUCCAGCCCCACUCCGCCAAUUGGGUUUCCAAGCCCACCUCACCAUUAUGGGCCACCGAGCCCACCAAAACAUGGUAAUGGGCCACCGAGCCCACCAGUGUUUCUGCCACCAAUGGUGUAUCCACCGCCGGCUGGUCCACCCCCGGCAGGAGGACAUGGGGGGAAGCCAGGGUCGAAUGGCGCAGCAUGGUGUGUGGCUAAGCCAACAGUGCCUGAUCCAAUAAUUCAAGUGGCUAUGGAUUAUGCUUGUGGAUCAGGAGCUGACUGCAAGUCCAUUCAACCUAAUGGACAUUGUUAUGAACCUAAUACUGUAUUGGCACACGCCUCAUAUGCUUUCAAUAGCUACUGGCAAAACAACAAGGUGAGUGGUGGUACCUGUGAUUUUGGAGGGACUGCCAUGAUUGUAACCGUGGAUCCAAGUUUUGAAGGGUGUAAGUUCGUCCUUGGUUGAGAAAACAUAUAUAAAUGGAGACAACAACAAUUUGGUUCAUAAUUUUUGACAAUAUUGAAUAAAAACAACAUUUUCUCUCUCAAUUUCAAACUUUAAUUUUGAUUUUUAUGGUACUUAGGUUCUUGUAUUUCUCCAUCAAUGUCUCAUCAACAACUUUUCUUUUUCC